AUGAAAGAUCCCAUUGCGUCUGGAUUUAAGUUCAUGCUGGAUGUUUGCAGUGAGCAUGGUUUUUCGAAAGAUAUGUUCUUGUUUCCCUUAGCAGGUCUGAAGACUCAUUGCAGUCCUUUGAUGGAUCAUGCGGUAACUGAAGAGAGUGCAACGACUCAAUGGUCGAGCAUGCAAGAGAACGGUCGAUCCUUCGCUUCCCUGGAAUUGCAUAAUGUCACUUCAUCAUGGCUUACUAGUUUGCUUGUUCAAUAUGGCCAACUUAUUGCUGACACCCCCACUCUAACAAAAGGAACAUUCGAACGAAAAUCUGUUCCUAGUUCACAACUUUCCUUUGGGGGAGAAAAUAAUGUUUCAAUAAAUUCAACUCAUAUCAGUUCAUUCGGAGGAUUAAAAAAUAUAAUCAAACUAUGA